AUGCUUCCUUGGCAGGGUGAUGUUUGCGGCUUCAUGGACUACUCGCCUAUACACAACCUGGCACAAUUCGCCUCGCAGGGCUGGCUCUGCGACAAUAACAUUAAUUUUGCUCUUGAACUCAUUCAUCGGCAGAUCAAAAGUAGUGAUGUUCUCGCCCCAUUUCCCGACAUCCUUCAAACGUACUUCAUCAAUAAACUUAAAACUAUCUUCGAGUUGUGCCACCAGCGAGACUAUUUCAGCGCAGAUGAUUGUUUGCACCUUCGUCAGAUUGGGCAGGAUGUAGCCAAUGGUGUAAAGACUGUUGGAAUGGCUUGUUUUGUCCACUCCAACCAUUGGCUGUCUCUUGUUAUCGAUGGCUCACGUCACACAAUUUACUUCGGAGACUCAUUCGGACAUGAAGCACCAGACUCGAUCCGUCAUGCAGUUGAGUGGUGGCUUGGAUUGCACACACCGACAUCAUUGAAAUGGGAAGCCCUUGCCUGCACUCACCAACAAGAUCAGUAUUCAUGUGGCAUACUCACCAUCAAUGCCAUCGCCCACCACUUUCUUCCGCAAGCUCAUUCUCUCCUUGUAUUGACUCACGAUGCACUAGAUGCCGCGCGUAUGCAGAUUGGUGUGGCCGUCAUUGAUGCCCACCUGCACACAUUAUCCGUAAAAUCUGGAGAAGUCUUCUUACCAAUCCCGCUGCCACCUCAUAAUUUUCAUGCAGCUGACUCUGGGUCAGAGUAUCAGAGCACAGCUGAUUGGCCUGACGACAGCGACAGCGACAGCGUCGUGGGACAACCUAUCAGCAAGUCGAUAUUCAAGACACAGUCCGUCGUUGUUAAGGGCUCUAAAACUAAAAAGCGCCCACUCAGCACACUGCUUGGCGCAAGCAGGUCAAACAACGACAUGCAGGCAAAGGCUGCCCCACCAAAGAAGGUCAAAGUGGGCCGAUCUGCGGGGUGGCCACGGACAAGUGUCCUUGAUGAUACCUUCGAGGCAUAUUACCCUGAUCCGACGAAACAUGGUGCAAGGGACCAGCGUUUUCGGCAUGCCGCUACUUGCAGCAAAAUGGAUGAUAAACUUCGUCAGGCCGCCAGUCAAUGCAUGAGUCGUGAGAGUGCCGGUGCGAAGCUUGAAACUACUUUAAAGGCAAGCGGAUCACAGGUGCAAUUGUCGUCACCUACUCCUGCUCCAGGGGGAGAGCAGACAGGUGGAAUCGUGCUGAAGAAGCCUACAAAAAUUGAGCUAGACUUCAUGAAUGAAGGACGGAAGAUUCUAGGUCUUCAUAUGGACCUUGCCAUUGUUAAACUUAUCUGCGCUGCAGCCCUCCCACCAUACAUCGCAGAUUAUCAGGAAUGGAAGGAUCUCUUCACAAUUGCUAAUAAAGCUUAUCAUCCAAAGUCAGGCUCAGUCAUUGCCGAUACCCACAUCCCAAUGGAGGCUGCGCAUGUACAAGAGCUAGUCAUCAACUUUCUCAAGUUGAACUUUAACUUGACGGUCUCAUUUGAUGGAGGAGGGACGAAACGCCAACAGGCCGUAUACACUAUUUACUUCACAACACCAGAUGGACGGAGCUUCCUAAUUCGAGGCGAGGAGUGCUCUGAUGAAUCGCACACAGGCCAGUUCAUCACCCGGAUGGUCCUGAAGGCAAUCGACCUUGUCGGGCGUAAUCAUUUUGCAGGUGUCACGUCCGACAACACAGGCAACACACGUGUCGCUCGACAGCUUUUAUGUGCGGAAAUCAAAACUCUUAUCCAAGUUCCUGAUAUCUGCCACCACCUCAAUCUUCUCUGUAAGGAUAUCACGCAGUUGGCCAUCUUUGAUGGACAGAUGAUCAAAUAUCUUCGAUCAAUAAUCACCUACUUCCGAAAAUCUCAUGCGGGCGCUGAUGCUCUGAACAAAGCACACAAGUCAAUGAAUAUUGAGCGUGGUCUGGAAGGCAUAGGGAAGACUCGCUUUGCAACCAUUGUCGAUGCUCGUCAAGUAAAGUUCCCACCUCACAAGUCGCAACUCACUGGCCUCCUCAUGAGCAACUCACCUCGUUCCUUGGAAUUUGAGUCUCAUAUUACUCGCUACACUGACAUUGUCGCUCCAAUUGCAAAGUCAAUUGCUUGUCUCGAGUCAUCACAGACUGAUUUGUCGGACAUUGGCUUGUACUACUUUGCAAUAGGUGCUACGCUAAAACGAAUCUUUGACAGUGACAACAAUCCAUUUUCGUCAGAAGAGUCUGGUCAGAUUCGUGCAAUCUUCAACUCUCGAUUCCGUGAAGCCUUGUCUGAGGAUCCAACUGAUGCUCCCAUCUCCGCUCUCUAUUUGCACCCUCGUUAUGUCAAUAGCAAAUUAUUUCAAAAGAACUUGAACCCUCUUGCCCUCACAUUUGUUCUUCCCGCACAAAGCGCAAAGACUUUGUCUUCCGAUUUCGGUCUUCUUGAGGGGGAGUGGAAGUCAAAAGAGAACCCGAUUCUCAAAAAACUAACUGGUCGUGAGGCUCAGCAAUCAUUCCUCCGGCAAUUUGAACGUUACGCACGUGGUCAGUAUCCAUUUGAUACCCCCCUUGAAGAUGGUCAAUCAACACUGUCAUGGUGGACGCACUUAACAAGAAUUCCUGAGGGAAAUAUCCUUGCGACCCUCGCUGUCAAGGUGUUUUCCGUCCGACCGAGCUCAAUGCCAGAAGAGCGUACAAUGUCAGUAUUCACGCGGAUGAAUUCUGCGCUGCGAAAUCGUCAAAAUGUCAGUACACUUGUGAACAUGACGCAAAUACGGCAAUGGUACAUGUAUGAUUCUGCUUCCCAAACAUCCAGAGCGUCCGACCAUCAAUUUUAUGACCUCGACGCCCAACUGUUUGGGUCUGGAGCGAAAGUAGGCAAAACAGCACCACGAUCCAAGGAACAGCUUGCUGUCGACCGAAAGUGCUGGAGGGAGAUGAAGAAAUCGAAAGAUGACGAGUCCAGUUCUUGGUUGGACAAUGUGGGAGAGAGUUCCACCGCAUGCAAUGAUGCUGACUUCAAUAGGCAAGUCCUGGUGGCCACACAGAAAGGCAAGGGAAAGGCCAAGGCCGAGGCUGAAGAGAUCGAGGGGGAUGACAGCGUCGAUGACGAGUGGCCGGAAACAUGGGAAUGAGCGGCUGGCUAAUUAGCUAGGGUUAUUAGCUAUCUUUUCGCCUGCUAAAAAC